AUGUUACACCAUACCAACGUCGACCGCCUCAUCGCCAUGUGGCAAGCUAUACACUACAACAACAAGAUGCAAACUCAGACUAUACCGUCCGGCGCUCUCUUUGCCACGGCAGCCAACACUCCAAUAACCGCAGACAGUCCUCUAAAACCCUUUUACCGAGACACGUCUGGCAACUUCCACACAGGCAGAACAGCCUCAGAUAUCAAGAACUUUGGCUAUUCGUAUCCUGAGAUCAUCGACUGGAAUCAAAGUCCUGACGUCCUAGCUCGUCAGGUGACAGUGUCUGUCAACCGGCUGUACGGCCCGGCUGGCAACAGUAGGAAGCUAAAAGCUCGGCGCAAGCAUCGUCGUUCCGGCUGCUCCGCCCCGGGAGGUCAAGCAGGCUCCUAUACGCCGCCGGCCACGUCCCAGGCCGAUUUCCCGUACAAGAAGUACACAGCCUUGGUUGAUCUGGAGCGCAGCGAGCUGCCGUUGCCUUGCAGUGUAUACGUCUACUUGGACGGCGAGUUCGCCGGAAAGAUAAGCGUUAUGAGCAUGCCGGCAUCAGGAAUGAUGCAUAGUACUGUACCGCUCAACACAGCUUUGGAACGACUGGGCAAAAGUCUGGAUAUUGCAGAACCCCACAGCAACAACAGCAGUUAUGCAACCAACAGUACAACAGUCCAGCAGCCGGUGAUUUCUUCUGACGAUGAAGAGAUAACACAGAAGCGGCUGUCUGUAGAGAUCAACAGCGUUCAACUCUAA